AUGAAGCUCACAACGACGUUCGCCACCCUCGCCGCGCUCCUGCCCUUCGCGCUCGGCCAGUCGGCAGAGUGGGGCCAGUGUGGUGGGAUCGGCUGGACAGGCCCGACGACCUGCGUCUCCGGCACGGUCUGCACGGUCCUUAACCCCUACUUCUCGCAGUGUCUCCCCGGAUCCUCGUCGUCCGCGCCCCCAACAACAACCACUAGUAGCUCGAGCCCGACGUCGACCGCGCCCACGUCGACCGCGACGGGCUUGAACAAGCUCGCCCAGGCGGCGGGGAAGAAGUACUUCGGGACCGCGACGGACAACAGCGAGCUGACCAACAAGGCGUACACCGCCAUCCUCGACAACAAGUCCGAGUUCGGCCAGCUCACAGCCGCGAACAGCAUGAAGUGGGACGCGACGGAGCCGUCGCGGGGCGACUUCACCUUCUCGUCCGGCGACCAGAUCGCGAACCUCGCCAAGGCAAACGGGCAGCUCCUCCGCGGGCACAACUGCGUGUGGUACAACCAGCUGCCGAGCUGGGUGUCCAGCGGCGGCUUCUCCGCCGCGCAGCUCACGAGCGUGAUCCAGACGCACUGCUCGACGCUGCUCACGCACUACAAGGGCCAGGCGUACGCGUGGGACGUCGUCAACGAGCCCUUCAACGACGACGGCACCUGGCGCUCCGACGUGUUCUACAACACCCUCGGCACGUCCUACGUCCAGAUCGCGCUCGAGGCGGCGCGCGCGGCGGACCCGGGCGCGAAGCUGUACAUCAACGAGUACAACAUCGAGUACACGGGCGCGAAGGCGACCGCGCUCCUCAGCCUCGCCAAGUCGCUGCUCGCCGCGGGCGUGCCGCUCGACGGGAUCGGCUUCCAGUGCCACUUCAUCGUCGGCCAGGUGCCGACGAGCCUGCAGACGGUCAUGCAGCAGUUCACCGCGCUCGGGCUCGAGGUCGCGAUCACGGAGCUUGACAUCCGGAUGACGCUGCCCGCGACGAACGCGCUGCUCGCACAGCAGGAGACGGACUACGAGAACGUCGUGAAGGCGUGCAUGAACGUCAAGGGGUGCGUCGGCAUCACCGUCUGGGACUUCACGGACGAGUACUCGUGGGUGCCGGGCACGUUCUCCGGUCAGGGCGAGGCGUGCCCUUGGAACCAGAACCUGCAGAAGAAGCCUGCGUACAGCGGUAUCACGGCGGCGCUCUGA